AUGAAGGUCAUCAGGGGAUCGCAAAAUGUCGACGACUUGCCAUUCAGUCAGUAUGGUGGCCAGGCACUAAGCAAGAACAUCAAAGAGUUGAUAGAAAACUGCAGAGUGUGUUGCCAAGCAAAAAGAUCACACCCUGAACCACUGAAUCCCACCGUCAUGCCACAACGACCUUGGCAAAAGCUUGCUGCAGAUCUCAUGGAGAUCAAGAAAUCACAAUACUUAGUAGUAAUUGACUACUACUCGCGUUACAUAGAACUUGCAAAACUUGAAAACUCAACUACAAGCAAGGAAGYGAUAAACCACCUUAAGUCAAUCAUGGCAAGGCAUGGAAUCCCUGAAACAAUGCUAACGGACAAUGGUCCACAAUUUUCCUCUAAAGAAUUUUCGUUAUUUGCUAAUGAAUAUGGAUUCAGCCAUGUAACAAGCAGUCCUCUACACUCAUCAGGAAAUGGAGAAGUCGAAAGAGCGGUUCGUACUGCUAAAGAUCUGAUAGAUGGAGCUAAGGACCCAUAUAUUGCAUUGUUGAAUUACAGAAAUACACCCCUUAACAAUGGAUACAGUCCAGCACAGUUGCUGAUGUCAAGACAGCUAAGAACAAAGAUACCGGUCAUUCCCACACAGCUACAAGCUUCCACUCCAGAUCAACACAUGCUCCGGGAGAAAGAAGAGAGAGGAAAGAUAAAYAUGAAACUCAACUUUGAUACGCAUCACUCAGCUAAACCCUUACCUGUUCUGCAACAAGGAGAUCAAGUAUGGAUUAAAGACAGAAAAGAAAGUGCAACAGUCAAAGAUAAAGUGCAUGAACGAUCAUACCUUGUCGAAACACAGAAUUCCACGUUCAGGAGAAACAGAGUGCAGCUGAAUAAGUUACCAAAGAAAGGACCUAACUUGACCCAAUCUACACCCACAACAGCAAACGAAAAGCAAAGAAAGGACGAAACCGGAACAGCCUACAGCCCAACAGAACGCUCGAGAAGCUAA